AUGGGAAAGGUAGGGCGUGCCAGUCGUUAAUACCCGCGUAAAAUUGUCAUUUUUAUAUUAUCUCUGUUUUUAAUACUAUUUUUGCAUUUGUGUGGACUUUGUACGAAUGUGCAUUGGAAAUUUCCAAAGGUCUUUUUUGUAAUGGAGUCUGGUCAAGUGCAAAAACAAUUUUUUUAUCAUUCUGAGCUUUAGGACUUAUGCAAGCUACAAUUAUAGGGGGUACUCGUCAAUCAACCACACAAGUCUGGAGGCGUGUGUAGGGCUCUCUGCCUGCGCCAGAUCGAUACAUUGAUUGACUGAGUCCCCAUCCGUGACCUAGGCUUCAAUCCAUUCUUAACUUGACUUACCUCUGACGUGGCGACUAUCUUGAGGGCUACGAAAUUAAACCCGUGACCCGUUGCGUAGGUGUGGGUGACCACUUACGGUAGUUCGUCGUCCCGUCGUACAGCCAGUUUAUGCUCAUGUAUGCGCGAUCGUGAACUGCGUGAAAUCUCAGCCAGCCAGCGUGUGGACACUUUCUUGGCAUAGAAGUGCCGAGCUUGAUGAUCACAGACCUGCUGCCGGCAUUCUCUGUUGAAUAUUUCGAUGGCUUUGUUAGGUAUGCUUCCGACAGCGACUUUAAAAGUGGGAGAAGCGCCUGCUCAGUUCAAAGACUAUGCAGAAAGGAACGUUGCGUGUUGCAUGUUCAUGCAGCACGGGGUGUCUGUUCAUCUGAAAUCUCAAUUUUGGAUCGACAAAUAUACAAAACUGAGGUCUCAUAACUGGGUUUUUUAAGGCAUAAGGUCACAAAAGCCACACACCAGUAGGCUACGGUUUAAGCUAGUAGAAACAUGCCACAAAUCAGGAGGGACGAUUUUAGUGCACAUAUUGCACCUCUCUGCGCAGAAUUUGCGCAUUGGUCUUGCUUCAGCCUGUCCGGCGCAUCAACGAAUGACGGCAUUUGAAUACCCAACGAAAGUUAGCUGCGAAGCAGAUGUAAACAGUCACAGACCAACAGCCGAACUGCCACCGAAGUGUGGUCGGCUAGAGGAUGUCAUGCAGACUGCUUUAUAAAGUGUCCUGAAACCAAACGGCGCCACUGACAUGUUGGCCAUUAUUACGUUAGUCUGCCUGCCACUGCUGCCUUGUGGCCAAAACCAUCCAGGCAACCUGGAUGUCUGUCAUGAACCGGUCUGUACACAAAAUUCCCAGAAAAUGUUACGAAAAUAUCCGAUUCUGGUAUUACUGUCCAUGAUGCGUGCCCUCAGAAACCUACGAGCUGUGUAAGUCUUUUGUAUUGGCUCAGUCGUGUAGUAUGCAUGCUGUUUUGUCUAAUUACACCACUAAACAGACUCUUGCAAGGGUCCUACGCAAUUUCGUGUUGAAUUUGAACGUGGGCGGUAGUCGACUGACCUCAGCUACAUUCGAUAGCGCCCUCCUAACGUCCAUCUAUGAUGUUCGACGUAGUGUGCUGCCAUUGGUGAAUGAAGCUGUUAAAUCAGUCGGUUUGUCCAUAAACGCCGAGAAAGCCGGUGUUUUCGAGCUGCGGAAGGUAUUGUUCGGGUUUAACGUCUAUCAGCUCGAAGAAGUGAGCAGUUUCAAACACGCAAGCCACUCUUACCGCCAAGUGACAUCGCCUCCCAGAUGGAUGCUGCUCGUGGGGUCUUCACUAUCCUUAGAAAAUUUAUAUGGACCUUAUGCAAAAUUUAAUCGCCAUAAAGAUCUGUACGUACCGGGCCGUUCGUCCGGCCUCGUAUGCGAUUGUGAAUGUCGGCUAUGCGUGUUUUCUGAGAACUACUCGUCAAGUGAAGUACACUGACUUUGUUUUGAAUAACUCGGCCCAUACUUGCUGCGAACAUACCACAGGGAUAUCUCACGCCGCCUAAAAAAGAGAACUGAAGUGAUUUUGGCAUCUUCAUCGUGCGCCCCACCAGUCCAAUGUUACUAUUUUUGAUCCUUCAUCACUGCUUACUUUGAGGCGUCGGAGGGAUAAUCUCGAAAUCUGGUUGAAUGCAGUCUGUCGAGGCAUGGAAGUGUCUCCUCGACGUUCGGUACUUAGGUCACUUUGAGCUUCCAACAGCUGACUCGUGUUUGAGCGUGACAAUUUUAGAUCAGACGCGAGAACAUGCCCCAUCAAAGGAUCUCGUUUAAGUUUUGGAAUUGAUUGAUAGAUGCAGCCCUGCAUGAGUGCGUGGAAAUCCGAAUUUCUCACCAGUGACAUCGGGUUAGCAGGCAUAUUUUGUGCAUAUUUUGUCUUACUGCACCGCGGAUACUACGCACCAAGUUGGUCCCCAGACGGCCAAACUUGCUCGUUUAACUUUCAACUUACAUUCAAUUGCAGAGGCUGAAUUGGCCGCCUAGGCAAUAACCCUCAGACCUUCUACAGACGUUUACUUUGCUGGAUUUUAUAGACAGUAUGGAUUAUUCACAUGCUCAUGUUUCGAGGGUACCCCUAAAAGUUACUUAAGCCCCGAGUUAGUACAAUAGUUUGGUGGUCUAGUUUUUCGCGGCGCCAUAUUCGCCUAGAAAUUAUCUGAGGGCUUCGCCUUGGCACCCAUAUGCAGAUUAUUUGAAAAGCGUCUUGGCUGUCUGUGGGGUUUGGUGCAACUAACUACGUUUGUCAUGUAAUACCAUUGAGGUCUGAUCGGCGCGCAAUCACGUAUGGCAUGUGACUGCUUAUUCGUCAGAUUUCGAAGUCGACUUAUCCAGAAGCUGACUUUCAUUUAAGACCGCCGCGGUAAACGCACAGUCGCUAAAACACGGACCACUACUGUGUUGCAAAAGGUUAUCGAUUUCGGCAGUUUGUGACCAUGAACCCUACAUCUAACUUAAUGUACAUCAUGGUAUACAGUUUGUAAAUUGCUUAUAUUCCCAGCUACCUGCAUUUUACCUCAUUCAUCAGAAAAGUCUUUACCUUUUUGCUUUCAUCCCCUCCUUCAUUUACGAUACUUAAAGGUAUUCUACCCAGUCAGCUGUUUUCUCUGUAGGCUAUGCGGAAGGACAAAGUGUCUCCCGCCCACAAACACAUCAACGUGCUGUAUCAGCAGGCUCGUUCCUGUCUAGUACCACCGGUCGACAGUGAAGAUGCCGGCCUCCAAGGGCGUAUCCUCAUCUGUCGCAGUUUUGUUCGGCAACUCCUCUGUCUCGCCAAGAAGUCGCGUGUUCGACUUUCACCGGUGAUGCGUAGAUCCAUCUGCCGCAGUUGUUUCGUCAUCCUCGAGCCCAGCGUGACCUGUCGGUUGCGUUUCCGCAAACGGCGUCUCAUAACGAGAUGCGAGGCUUGCGGUGCCGUUUCUCACCUUCCUGUCCCAUCAGGUGUUUGGCAACCCUGUUACUUCGAGGAGGUUCUUGUCGAUUCCCGGUUCCCUCCCGAGGGCGAAUCUUUGCCUCCUCCCCCUCCCUCUUCUCCUCCUCAUCCACCACCGGUCAUAUAAACGCACCCAUCUUUCUAUUACCUCCACUGCAGAUUCACCUGAAUCAUUACACCCUAUUUCCUUUCCUGAAAAUCCAUUGUGCCUAAACUGCAUCAGCCGUCAUGCAGCCGAGCUUUGCAAUACAGUGCUUCGCAUAAACGAUGGUGGUCGUUCUUCGUCCCCUUCGACACCCUCUCGCCUUCUUGCUCACUUCAUGCCUUUUUCUGUUGUCGACUCGAGGCCUUCCAAAAACUCGGCGGGAUAUUUCUUCCUGGCCUGCGUGUUUCGGCAAGGCGAUGGAAUUCGUCAGCAUGCAGUUUUGAUCCGAAGCAUCUGAAAGUCUUAGCCUGCCCACUGAGCAAAAAGCCGCUGAAGUAAGUUGUUGUCGCUGCUGCUGAUACAUCUGCGGAUUCAGUCUAUACCGGCAGCGAACAUAACCUUACAGGGUAAUAUUGUGACUUCUGGGUCCACAACUGUCGUAUCACCUGUAUAAAUGCUAUCCCGAAAAACACUGCUGUAUAAGUGUGUACUUUUUAUUACUACGGAAAUUUAUUCACUCUUACUCUAUAAGCAAUUACGCCUCCUGGUUUGAGACGUUCGGCACAAGUGCACCAAACGGCCUCUUUGUAGGUCCAGAAAAGUUGGGAAACCAAGAUACCUCCUAUCCUCGUGCGAAAAGUUCCUAUAAGUCAGGUUUAAGGAGGACUUAUUUAUUUAUUAUUUGCAAAAUAUGCGGUUAGUUUUAUACGGGUAUCGGAAAAUUACACAUUGCAAACGUCUUAGAAGAUGUAAAGAGCUGCGUUUUGAGCAUUUCCUCUACAAGAUUUUUUCGAUUUUCAACAUGCAUGGAAAAUAAGUGGGAAAAAUACACACUGCUUAAGCAGUGACUUUUAUCGUAGUCAGGUUUACACUGUUGGCUGGGAAGAUGCACCUUUCAAAUCUAACAUGUCGCCUCAUUGAAAACAUCUGGAAUCUUUCCUACUAAGCUUUGCGAUGCCACCACUAUCAACACCACUGUAGUUUUUUUAAAAUUCGGAAGUGUAUUGAAAAUUUUCCGCAUACUGUAUCUACCGGUCGUGGCCUUUGAAAGCAGGGAUCAUACCCGUCUUGGGAAGAAAUUAAGUCUUCCGAGGUUUCCAUUCAUAAUUCAAAUCGCUGCUGAUCUCGAUAUAAGCUUAACGGUGACUGCGGGUGAUAGCUAUAGUGGCUGUUGGUCACGAGAUCAGUCGAGAAUCGCAGACAAGUUACCAUCUAGUCGAGGUCCAUCGGUGGUUGUCGCGGUGUUCCACGUGAUUGACGGCGGUGGUAAUGGCGAUUAUCAAUCCUAAGGCUUCUUCAUGCUAUCCAUAAUACACAACUGGUUUUGGCUUGUCGCUAUUUCUUGUCGUAUUCCUGGCCAAAAUAUUUGAGCAUCUUCUACCACAGUUAGCGGCAGAAUUCACUCUCUCGCGCCUAUUUCCCAGUCCAGUGGGAUACCCUUUAGUUAUGCGUAAACGGAAAGAGUAUGUGGUACUGGCUGACUUCUCUUUUAUACGGUGGUAAUAAUACCUGAUCUAGCCGGCCUCAGUGAUGUGCCUUGUGCCAUAACUUAUUACGGGGACCUGAUUGGUUCAGAUCAUUUCCCAGCACCGCGCGCACAGAAAUCUUUGUCGUCGCCGGUGAGGCGUCGGGCUUAGAAGACCAACGAUUAUAUCGUGGAGCAGCGAUGAAGAUCAUGUCUGAGUCACUUAGACUGUCAUUGGAUGGGCCGAACUAUCCUUGCAAUGUUGAAGCGGGUGCGGAUUGUGCUAUUCGAGGUGAAGUCGAGUUAAUGCACUCGCAAAACAGUUCUCAGACAACGGCUACUGAGAUAAGCUCAGCGUUCAUAACCGUAGGGGUGUCUAGUACUGCUGGCAACAUUGACCAUGCCACAAUGUCACAUUCACUCUGGUUCCGUGUGACAGUUAUUUGGGCCGUCUUCCUCACCAAACUGUCGGCCGUUAGUCAAGAGAUGUACCCUUUGGCCAGAAAUGAGAUUUAUAAGUGCUUCGUAGACUAACCAACUGGUUUGGCUGUGUAGCACACCGGAAGCCACAUUCUUCGGAUCUUCGGUGUUUGAUGCUAGUGCGACUAUGUCGGCGUAGUCGAAGCCAGUCAGCUGGUGUCCACAUGUGCAUCAUCCAGCACUCUUCUAAAAAUCCAUUAAGUGAUAUCUUCACUAACACUACCAGUUUACAACGUUACAAAUGGGAGGGUUCCGGUCUCUGCCGGUAUCAAUCUGACUUUCCGGGUGUUGGUUUUUGUCAGUUAGUCGUGUUGUAGGGCGUUUAGUGCCCACACGACCAAUGGGUCUUCUAGCAUAUCUGCGAUAACAAAUGAGACGAAUGGGCAGCUGUGGGUCAUGUACUGUUGAAAAUGCAAUUCUGUGGAUGGAAGUUGGCCGAUCAAGCCAAAAAAGUCAAAAUGUGACUUAUUUUAUCUGCCGUUAAGAAGGAAGUCCUCACCCACCAUCACUGACUGUAACAAAUGAAAGCACUACAUAAGUCAGUCGAUCUGGCCACUUGCGGAAGACUUGUCGGAUGCUGUGAGCGCCCCAAUUUUCGGUUUUGGGGUGGUUUUUCGACUGCGGGAGGUUGGGGUGCAGGGAGCCGGCCAGAUCCGCUGUCGCCGACCACCGCUCGGGAGGGAAGCCUAUAGUGCGCCACCUGAGCUGGAUAUACUGGUCAGAAUUGCAGCAGCAGCAGGUCUAACUGCCAUCGUCUUCCCACGACCUGAGUCGUGCGUGUGGAGGACGAGCGAAAACUGGAGGUAUUUGACCAUCACUGCUUGAGGACCAUCCUUCGAGUGAAGUUCGCCGACUUCGUUUAAAAUGAGACAGUCCACGCUCGCUGCGACAAAAUCGCAAGGAUGACUCAGGCCAUCCAAGAAACCUAGCUCGACACAGUUCGUCAAGACAUGGAGGUGUUUCUUGGACCUUCGGUAUUCGGUCUACGUCGUUGGCGAUGGGUAUGGGUUGAGCUGUCCAGAUCUGCUGCUGCGGAUCGUUACGCGUGGGGAGGUGAAGUUUGGGACAUCAUCGAGGCCGGCUAGAUCGGGCAUGAUCGCAGCCGUAUCAAGUACAAGUACAAUCUGAUUCAUUUGCUGACGUUGCGUCUGCGUUGAACAAAUGCAUGCCUCUUCUGUUUCGUACCAUCCCCGCUUUUUUUCUACCUAGGUUCGACGAAUCCCAGCAGAAACUGGUGAACGAGGAACUGAACGUCGCUUACAGUAUCAUCGAUGGCAUACCGUGUCUCAUUCCCGAGGAGGGCGAAAUUCGUUCGUGA